CUCUUCUUGACGUUGCUGCUUUGAAUGGUAUCCGCCUCGACGGGAAAUGCGACUUUUGCCUAUUUUGGCCGCUUUCGCGUUCCGUCGCAGCCACCGUCCGCUGUCCAAAGUACGAAUAUCAGAACAGGUUCAGUUGUUUUCUUCGCCGGACUGAGGUUUUGACUCUUCGUAAGAGGAGCCGGGCGACACCCACGCGUGUUGAGCCCACAACGUUUCAGCGUAUUAGUUCGUCUACGUUCACAACGCUCCGGAGUUUUCGAGGCAUCUUCAGACGGAGACUUGUGGAGACGCUGCUGCCGCUCGUCUCCUCAUGGCAGAGGUCUAUUACGUCGGAGUGGACGUGGGCACGGCCAGUGUGAGGGCGGCGCUGGUGACCAGGGAUGGCCUGCUGAAGGGCACUGCAGAGGAGCCCAUCAGCAUCUGGGAGCCCCAGCCUGACCACUAUGUCCAGUCCUCCACCGAGAUCUGGGAGAAAUGCUGCACAGUUGUCAAGAAAGUUACCCAGGGUGUGGAGAGGAACCAGGUUUGUGGCGUCGGCUUCGAUGCCACCUGCUCUCUGGUGGUUUUGGAUCAAAGCUUCCAGCCUGUGCCUGUCAAUCAGGACGGUGACAGACAAAGGAAUGUGGUGAUGUGGAUGGACCAUCGUGCUGCAGAGCAGGCCACUCGUAUAACCAACGCCGGCCACAAGGUCCUGAAAAGGGUGGGGGGGGUCAUGUCACCUGAGAUGCAGCCCCCUAAGCUGCUCUGGCUCAAAGAGAAUCUGAAAGAAAGCUGCUGGAGCAAAGCUGCGCAUUUCUUUGACCUGCCAGACUUCCUGUCUUGGAAAGCAACGGGCUCUUUGACAAGAUCUUUAUGUACUGUGGUGUGUAAAUGGAUGUACUGCCCACCAGACGGAUGGGACGACAGCUUUUGGACAAGCAUUGGCUUACAGGACCUCCUAGAAAAUAACUUUUCCAAAAUAGGCAGUGUGACGUGUUCCCCAGGGAGCCCACUGGGAGACGGCCUCACCCAGGAGGCAGCAGCAGAUUUCGGUUUGAACCCCAGAACUGCAGUCGGAGCUUCUCUCAUUGAUGCUCACGCUGGAGGCCUAGGUGUGAUAGGUGCAGAUGUGAAAGGCUUUAACUUGGCAUGUGAGGACCAGCCGAUCACCUCUCGCAUGGCGAUGAUCUGUGGGACAUCAACCUGUCACAUGGCGAUCAGUGAGCAGCCUCGGUUUGUGCCUGGAGUGUGGGGACCCUACCUGUCGCCUAUGGUGCCUGACAUGUGGCUCAACGAGGGAGGACAGAGUGCCACAGGACGGCUGAUUGACCACAUGGUGAAGGGCCACGCUGCCUACACCCAGCUCCAGGAGCAGGCGCAGCACAGCUUGCCUUUUACAGGCGAGAACACGUACAGCUACCUGAAUAGCCACCUGAGGGUACUGGCCGACUCCAGAUCCGCCGUUGACCUGCUGGGAUCCAGUCUUCAUCUGUGGCCGGACUUCCAUGGGAACAGGUCACCCCUGGCUGAUCCCACGUUGAAGGGCAUGAUGAUUGGACUGUCCUUCUCCCAAACCGUGGACGACUUGGCUCUGCUGUAUUUAGCCACCAUGCAGGCCCUCGCCCUCGGCACACUACACAUUCUGGAGGCCAUGAAAGGCGCGGGCCAUGACAUCAGAACCCUCUUCGUGUGUGGGGGGUUGAGCAAAAACCCGCUGUUUGUACAGAUUCACGCCAAUGCAACAGGAUUGCCAGUGGUGUUGCCGGAUCAGGUGGAGGCUGUGUUGAUCGGAGCAGCGAUCUUGGGAGCAUGUGCAUCGCAGGACUUCAGCACAGUGCAGGAGGCAAUGGAGAAAAUGGCGAAAGUUGGGAGAGUUGUUCAGCCUGACAACAAACUCCAGAGCUUCUAUGACAGAAAGUACAAGGUGUUCUUGCGACUUUUCGCCCACCAGAGGGAGUACCAGGCCCUUAUGAAGCAGCCGUGACACCUAGUCUCUGUGACCUAACGGCAGAUGAUGAAUCCACAUACUGGAAACUGGAACAGAAGUCUUAAACCUGCUGCUUGUCUCUUUCAAUAAUGGUACAAUCCUUUUUUCACUAAACUGACUGAAAACAGAUCCAGUUGCUGCAGUUCCACUCAAAAUGAAGAGGAGCAAAUGUGGAGACGUCGACAGAUCGUACAGUAUUAUUUGGUUUGGACUCGCCAGUGGCUCCUCUGCUCAAUCCAAGGUGACAGCGCCAUAAAGUACUGUCAGCCUCAAAUGUAUUUCUAAUAAAUACUUUAAAAGUUUCA